CCACAUGCCAUGAGUAAAUCAAGAUACAAGAUCUUGGAAUCCUUCAAUUGUUGACGUAGUAUACCCUUCGAGGUUUGAAACUUCAGCAAGAAUCCCCACCAUUUGAUCAAAAUAGUCGUUAUGAUUUGAUUAUUAUUUUGUUCCUUCGAAUACAAUGAUACAAAAUCCUCCAUUUAAUUAAAAAAAGGAAGUCCGCUUUUCCAGAUGUGCAGAGAAAACUUUGAGCAGAUUUUCGAAAGUCAGCGUUUCGAGAUGUCCUAAAAACUUUGAACACUUGAAACCCUCAUCAAACCUAUUUACUCAUUCUGCUUUCUGCUUGCUCUUCACAAACUGUUUAUCAGAAUCUUCUCUGCAAACAACAAAAUUUUGGUCUUUAAGCCGUUAAUUUUUUUUAACAAGAUUAGAAGUGCAAUGAAAACUAAAAGGCCAAGGCUCUCCAUUACUAACAAUAGUGUGACAAACCCGCAUCCUGAUCACAAACAAGAAGAAUUACCGAACACCCAUGAACCAAAAAUCACCAAGAAAUCUAAAAAAACCAUCACAGCCACUGCAGCAUCUUGCACGAUCAAUUUCCCUUCUAGAAAGAUCAGAAAUUUAUCAGUACAACAUAAGGAAGAAGCUAUUAUUUUGGAUCGCCCUACAACAGAGCUUAAGACUUUGUCUUCAGAGGAUGAUGUUGUCAUGGCCAUUAAACACCUGAAAGAAUGCGACUUGAAAUUGAGUUCUGUUAUAGAAAUGCAUGACACCCCCAAGUUUGAGAAAUGCCAGAGUGCUUUUCAGUCGCUUGUCAGAAGCAUUGUGUAUCAACAGCUUGCAACAAAGGCAGCAGCUUCGAUACACAACCGCUUGGUUUCUCUUUGUGAGGGGGAGAACAGUGUUAUUCCUGAAACUAUAUCCAAACUUUCAGCAGCAGAAAUGCGGAAAAUUGGCAUAUCAGAACGCAAAGCGAGUUACAUUCAUGACUUGGCAUCCAAUUUUAUGUCUGGAGUCCUUUCAGAUUCUCUAAUUUUCGAAAUGGAUGAUGCCUCUUUGAUAUCUUCCCUCACUGCUGUCAAGGGAAUUGGGGUCUGGUCUGUGCACAUGUUCAUGAUCUUUGCUUUGCACAGGCCUGAUGUAUUGCCAGUUGGGGAUUUGGGUGUUCGUAAAGGUUUUCAGAAGCUUUAUGGACUCAAAGAUCUGCCCACUCCUGCUCAGAUGGAAGAUUUGUCAAAUAGCUGGAGACCUUAUAGGUCUAUAGGAUCAUGGUACAUGUGGAGAAUUAUUGGAACAAAAAGCCCAAUUGUUUCUUCAUAAUGAAGCUGCAUUCUUUUGAGCAGUGUGAUUUGGAACUGUGUGAUAUAGAUGAUUACUGUAAUUUUUUGAACUUUCUUUUUUGCUAACGAGAUUCUGUACGCAAGUUGAUUCUAUACUUUGCUAUUUACCAUGGACUCACACAAUUUGUUAUUGACUGAUUUGCUCUUUCCAGCAAAGAGCUGUUAACUUCAAUUUUGAAUUUCUUGACAUUA